AUGGACAUGGACAUGAAAAAGAGGGUCCAUUUGGAGCUCAAGGACAGAAGUCCCGCCGAGGUGUGCGUAUUGGCGUUGGACACGUGUCGUUCGGGCGACGGCGAGGUGGACGGCGUGACCGAGGAGUUUUCGGCUCUGGAGGUUCUGCGCAUGGUCAACGUGGGCCUCAAGUCGCUAGCCAAAUUGCCUUCCUUGCCCAAACUGCACAAGCUGGACUUGAGCGACAACGCCAUCUGCGGAGGUUUGGAGGCGCUGGCCCAAAAAUGUCCCAACCUGACGCACCUUAACAUUAGCGGGAACAAGACUGUGGACAUGGCUGCCUUGGAGGCUCUGAAGCCCCUGAAGAAGCUCAAAACUUUGGAGGUGUUCGGUUGCGAGGCAGGCGUUCGGGACGACCACCGCGACGCCGUCUUCCGCCUCCUGCCGCAGAUCACGUACCUGGACGGGUUCGAUCGUCACGACGAAGAAGCGCCGGACUCGGACGACGGUGAGCCGCCGCCGAAUGGGUGGCGGAACGGCCCGGGAGAUAACGUUUUCUAUGUCGCAGACGACGGCGCCGGCCCGCACGACGAAGACGAUGACGGGAAUGUCUCUGAGGAAGAGGAAGAUGAGGUGGGCCUGUCGUACCUGAUGAAGGAGGGCAUCCAGGACGAAGACGACGACGGCGAUUACGUAGAGGAGGACGAUGAAGAGGAAGAGGAGGAGGAUGAUGAAGAUGGAGACGAGGAGGCGGUCCGAGGCGACAAGAGGAAGCGAGACGACGACGACGAAGACGACGAAGAUGAAGACGACCAAUAG